GCUGACCCGAAAACAACACUUUAGAAGAUUAGGUCUUCUAACUAACAUGUAACAAACGGCAAAGCAUAACAAGUGAGAAAACCCAGUUCAUCAUCUUGGAGUGCCGCCGUCCCUCUCUUCCUCCCAUCUCCCUCUCAUUAAAUUUCUAUCCCAACUUAUCACCUCUUUAAUAUUUUGGAUUGAGUUCCUUACAACUGCUUCUUUGUUUUCUCCAUUCUUCAGAUCUACUGCUGCAGUCUUCAUUGUCUCACUUCUUCUAUUUUUCAGUUUUUAUUUUUUUAAAAAAAUCAAGACUGAUGCAUUGACCCGGUCCGGUUCACCAAACCGGCUGAGUCACCGGUUUUUACCGGUUUUGUCCGAGCCAUACUGGUUCUCUCCGGUUUAAAUGCAUGUCCGAUCCAACAUGUUGCUCGAACCGGCCACAUCACCGAUUUACGGUCGGAUCGGUUCGACCGGCCGGUCCGGUCUGGUUUUUAAAACUAUGAUAGGAAGGUUUCAUUGUCAAAAAACGGUUUCAUUGUCAAAAAACCAAUUUUCAAACAAACGCACAAGGAGGCAGGCCCAGUAAAAUUCUUCAAUAAGAAGGCCCAAUUAGAAUUAAACUAGGCAACUAUAAAUAAAUAAAUCCGAAGUAAUCCUACCCAAACUUUUCAUCCAACCGUCAUCUUCUUCUUGAUCGCAACACAAUAAGCAUCUCAAUCCUCGGCCGAUUGAAACUGGCAGCAACAAUGAAGAGCUGUGUAAAGCUUGAGAAUGAGUUGCCUGAUCAUAUUAUAUCUUAUAUCUUUUCCAAGUUAGCUUUGAAAGAUUUGGUGAAAACCAGUGCAUUGUCCAAACAAUGGAUUCACGAAUGGGGAUUAAGGAUGGACCUUAACUUCGAUCUCUAUACCAUGUCUGACUAUAACACAGAUCAAGACUUGUCACAAAUCCUUCCUCUCUGUCAAAGGUUUCACUUUCAAUCUGAAUUUGCCACAAGAUUGGAUCAAUUUAUGCUCCAUUAUAAAGGUGCCAUGAUCCGUUCCAUUCGAGUAAAAUUUCCAUUAUGUAAUGAACAUAGGGAUGUCAUUGAUAGAUUGAUCUCCAAAGGAAUUGCUAAGGGUGCCGAACAUAUUCAACUUCUCUUCUCUUUUGAAACAACUGAUACUACUAUUUCUAUUUUGCCAUACAAAUUUUCCCUUAUUCUCUUACCUAAGAAUGAUUCUGUGACCUAUUUGCACCUACAAAACUGCCUCUUAGUCAAACCCAGAUACUUCUCUCGAUUAAAAAAUUUGAGAACUCUUGUGUUACAACAAGUUAUUGUGAAGAAUACACUUGUUCAGACUUUGUGUUCAAAUUGCAAACACCUUGUUGACUUCACCCUUGAUGAUUGUAAGAUCACUUCUGAGUUGAUAAUAAUCAUCCCAUCAUUGCUUCAUUUGAAAAUUGUUAAUGUUGGGUGUUACUAUCGAGAGCCUAUAAAUAUCAUUGCAUCAAGUCUCUUGUCCUUGGAAUAUUCUUGUCUUAAACAUUAUUUAGAACACCCAUUGAGCAUUAAAGCUCCUAAGUUAUCCAAGUUUGGCUUUAGAGGUAUUGUGUUUUCAAACAAUAAUGGGUUAUCUGGAUUGAAGAACGUAACAACAAUUGUGUUUGAUUCAUUACUAUCUGAUCUAUCCAGGAACAUCUUGCCUAAUUUGUUUUCUGAAUGUCCUCAACUUGAAGAUGUCACCUUUAAGAACUGCUUGUUCAAAAGUUCAAUAAAUAAUAAAUUUACUAGUUCGAAGUUACGUCAGUUGAUCAUACUUGAUAGUGUGGUGAAUGACUCUCCUUCACCUCCUUCUGAGAUAUCUAUUGAUGCAUUAAAUCUUUCAUCUUUUGAAUAUACUGGGUACACCACAAGGAUAAUUUCUUUUACGGCCCCAAGGUUAUCAAAGGUUUUCUGGGAUACAUCAGAGAGGGAGAAUAUACCACAUCUUUUUGAUCCUAUUGCAAGUUUACCACAUAUUGAGAAUUUAGCUAUGAUCGUCGGCUCUUUACAAGUAAAGGAAUUGGCGAAAGUAUUGGUUCGGUUUCAAAAUCUUAGAAAAUUGGAGUUAAAUAUUGAUGGAGCAUGCGAUCCUACUAUGGACUACUUUUGGCUUUUAGAUAUUGCAACAGCUUCUCAACAUCUCCAAAAACUUACUCUGAAUUUCAUCAACCAACCUUUGUUGUUGUAUCGAUUUGAAGGAAAAAUAAUGGGUGAACCAUAUUCAUCAAGUUCAACAGUGAGUGGGUCAUCAUGUCUGGGUAAAACGAAGUUGGUAUGUUAAUGUGGUGUUGAUUCCCCUCUAGUAACGGCUUGGAUUGAUGAAAAUCCAGGAAGGAGGUUCCAUGGAUGUGGGAAGUAUUGGCAGAGAAGAAAGUGCAGUUUUUUUCGUUGGUUUGAUCCAGAAGUUCCUCAAAGGCAGAAGAAAAUAAUUAGAGGGCUGUUAAAGAAAAAUGAUGCAUUGAAGAAUAAAGAGAGAAUGCUUGUGUUUACUAUUGUAAUUUUAGGAAUGUUGUUGUUUGUUAGUGUUUUGGUCAUUUUGAUUAAGCUUGGAUAAGUUAUGUAGUGCUAUUAUAUAAUGAAAACUUAUGUAAUGUUGUUAUGAUGUAUGAAAUGAAUUAAGUUUGAUGUUUUGAAUGACAUAUUGUCCUAAUAAAGUUA